AUGGCGAUGCUGAUGCUGAAGCUGAUAAUGUCGUCUUGUUUCUCGAGUAGCCUUUCCGAUGAACAGGAGCUCUGCUACAUUACAGAAGUUGUCGAACGUGUGUCGUCUUCCCGAUGUCACCAGCAGCGAGAACGGGAUAGUUCCAGAUCGCCGGCUCCAACACCAGCACCCCCAUCCACGCCACGGAAAAUCAAAGUGACAACUCACAGUGCAAUGACAGUUUCCGUUACGCAGCCCCAGCAACCCCAGAUGGAUAUCGUGUGCUGCAGCCCGAGUGCGGUCGCGCCAACAACGUCGACGACAGCUGGCGGCCAUCCGUCCAGUCCGGUGCACUCGAGCGGAUCAUCGGAAACGGACACUGUCGUCAGCACACCGCCGUCGUCAUCCUCGUCAUCGCACAGCACCAACCCAAGCACGGCCUUGCGAAGGUUCUACUUUCAAAAGGCCCGUGUUAGCAAAUCACCGAAAGCUGCCACCAUCGGUGGCGUGAGUUCGUCGGUAACGAGCGGAACGCCUGCCGGAACGACCGUUCCCUGUGCACCGGCUUCAAUCGGUGGUGGUGGUGGUGGUGGUGGUGCUUCCUGUCCGGCGACUUCGGUCGUACCGAAGGUAGUUGUUAUGGGUUCCUCGACCACGUCCGAAGCAACGAUCAACACUUCGACGGAUUCAGCUUCCACCCAUGUGACCAAUGUGACAGCGACCACAGACACCGAAACGAACGAUUCGAUUGAUUUGGGUGACACUUCCGGCCAAAGCGAUCCACUGCUCAGCUCGUUGGAUGACGAAAGCUCCACCAGUGUCGUGAUGAACCAGAGUAUCGACGAUGGAGAGGACGAAAAUAUCACCGUAAUCAAUGGACCAGAUACGCCUUUGCUGAUCAGCUACCAGGAACUGGAAGACCUAUCACCUGUCACAAAAUCACCGAAAACCUCUCCGAAACUUCGCACUGCCCCCGUUGCUUCGACCACCCGCUUUCCGUUCGAUCCGCCAGCCUCGCCGAAGGGUCCUUCGGCUUCGACCAAAUCAAACCACGAUACGUUGUUCAACUUUGACGAUUCUCCUAAUCCGAUCCGUCGACCACCGCCGAAGAUUCCACCUACUGCGGACUACUGUCAGGAGUCUUCGCCGAUCAAAGAAUCCAACAAAGAGAAUCGUCCGAAAACCUCAGAACCGAAUCCCUCCGGAACACCGACCAAACGAGUUCCUCACUACAAGUCCCGAAAGGAUCGAUUCAUGCAACAGCAACAACAACAACAGCAACCAUCGCAACACUCCGGCAAAGUCCUAAAUUCCGCGCCGGCUGCCGCCAGUGGAGCUAAAAGUAAAAAAUAUGACCCUAACCUGACGAUGUUCCCAUUUGAUCGCGAAGCGAUCGACUACGAUCGCAUCCAGCGGGAAUGUUUCGCGGUGGAAGAGGAAGAGCCUCCGUUUCAGUACAAACCACGGGACGAUUACUGCGAGUCACCGUCUCGAGCGAUGAUCGAUGCGGAAAUAUUCAGCGAUCACUACUCGAUCUUUCAGCAGUACGCCUACCUAACGCAGCAGGAGCGCGAUGCUCUCGAGCGAAGCUCUUCCAAGCGCAACAAGAAAGAACGCGUCGAUGCCUUCUCGCCCAAGAAGAAACCCUCCUCAGGGCAACAACACGCCAUAUCGCCUCAACGUCUGUCCCGGUUCGAUCAGAUCGCGACUAAGUUCGACAUGAUGCCGUCAAAAUACGACAGCUCCACGAAAGGACGAACGAAAAUGAGCGGCAUGAUGGGAACGGGUGCUGGUGGUGGUCUUCCGGAUCUCCGGUUCGAUUACUUUGCCGAAACGUCUUGUUGUUCCUCCAGCGACGAGCUGUCGACGCCGGCUGCCGCAUCGUCCUCCGGCGACAGCUGCAGCAGGACGCAUGCGCCAACGACGAGUGGUUCGGGUUCGGCUGCUGCCGGAGGCCUGCGAUCGGUCGAGAUCGUCGGAGGAGCAGGCGCGUUGGCUUCCGGGGCUAUAAAUGUUACCCCCAAUCCGAUGGACGGCGCAGUUUGUACACAACCGCGGGCGACAAUAGUCGUACAGCAACCUUCGCUCAGCUUGGACUACUCGUCGGUGGAGACGAUCCUGCUGAAAAACGAGGGCGACUUUAUCAGUGUCGAGCAGGGCAAAGAGUUGUCCCGGAAGAAGAAACAACAGCACCAACAGCAGCAACAACACCAACAGCAACAGCAACAGCAGCAGCAGCAACAACAACGAGAGGAUAAUAUGCGGCAGCUGCUCGACGUCACCAACACGCUGACGACGGAGGAAAUUAAGGACUUCGAAAUGAGAUACGGCAGUCCACAUCACAGCCGAUCUCAGUCGGUGAAAACACCAGGCAGCCGAGCAUCUGGUCGGCCAAAUCAGCUUUGCCUGCCACAGCAACGGUCCAGGGUGGCAUCGAUGCCUAACACCGGUGUCGAGGAAGAAUACUACAGACUGAGGCAUUUCUCCAUCACCGGUAAAGGGGUCAUCAAUCGGGGCGAUUCCCUCAAGAGUCGCCGGAGCAAAUCCAACAAUAGUGUGGCAAGUUCUAACUCUAGCACCGAACAUCUAACUGCAGUCGGGGCAGGUUCCGCUCGGACGUCCGCCACGUGCAGCUUGGCAUCCAGUAGGGAAAGUAGCACCUCCAAUCCUGCCUCCGGACCGUACAAAGUAUUGAUGCUGGGCGGUGCUGCCGUCGGGAAAAGCUCAUUAGUGUCACAGUUUAUGACAUCGGAGUACCUGCACGCCUACGAUACCAGCAUAGAUCAUAACGAGUGCCCCUGUGACGUCGCAAUCCACUUGCAGGCCCCGGAUGAAGAUGACGACUCCGGCGAAAAAACUGUGUCCGUGCUGUUGAGCGGCGAAGAGUCCGAGUUGACCUUUAUCGAUCACAGCUAUAUGGACAUGACGCCGGAAAACUGCAUGUCAUCGUACGACCCGCACGGCUACUGCGUAAUCUACUCAUCCGCAGACCGAGGCAGCUUCCAGAUUGCUGAACAGGUCCUCCAGGUACUGUGGACAACGGAAAACAUUGCUCAAAAAGCGGUCAUCCUAGUGGCCAACAAAGCCGAUCUGGCACGCAGUCGAAUGGUUACCUCAGAUGAGGGCAAACAGAUGGCAACACAAUACGACUGCAAAUUCAUAGAAACAUCCGUCGGAAUCAACCACAACGUAGACGAGCUACUGGUAGGGCUGCUCUCACAAAUUCGGCUUAAGCUGGAGAAUCCGGAAAAAUCAAGGGAUCUCUUCCGCAAGCGAUCGAUUCGCAAGUCCAAACGGCGUGCCUGUUCACCGCUCGGCGGUGCGAUCUGCCUGUCCGGAAUGGGCGGUGGAACCAACCCGAGCACACCGGUCUCCUGUGGGCCGGUUCCGGGCGGUGGAAUGGGCGAAACUCCGCCCGGCAGUGCGCACAGCAGUCCGCGCAAGUACCGCGGUUCGCGGACGUCGGCCAGCCUGAAGGUGAAAGGACUGCUGGGCCGCGUCUGGGCACGCGAUUCCAAAUCCAAGAGCUGUGAAAAUUUGCACGUAUUGUAA